AAAAGUAAAAAUAUAUAAGGAUUUUUAGUGCUUCUAUUGAUAGCAAUAUACUGUGUCAAGUUAUGUUGACGUCAGGCAGGUGGCCGGUUGUAAAAUUAAAAACCAAAUCUUUUUGUUAUAUGGAUAAAAUCAUAUUACGCCGACCCCAAAUGAUUGGGAUAAGGGUAGGAAGAUGAUGAUGAUACUGUGUCAAGUUAACCUCUAUGCGGUUCCCCCUGGAAACCAUUGUGGUUAAUUCUGGGGAAAUCGGUCAUUAUAGAACAAAAAUAAUAAUUUUCACCUAUCAUCCCUUACCUGUGUAUAUUGAUAUGAUCCGGGGCAAAGUUACCACAUACACACAUACCACAUUUAAAAAAAAAAGGUUGAGACUUAAAGUCUCAUGUAUAUGUUUUAUCUUAAGUGGUUGCCAACUUCAAAAUAGUGUUUUGUACACUAUUUUUGCACACUGUUUGCAGACAAGAGUUAGUUUGGAAUAAAAUGUCUUAUUCGAUCAUGAGAGUACCUCAUUUCAUAUUACUGUAUACCUCUGUUAAUAAUUGUUAGUAAUGGGGUAAUAUCAGGUCGAUCUCCAUGCAGUUCCCUUUGGAAACCAUCGUAGUUAACUCUUACGGAGUGCGUUAUGAUAAGCUAAUGGACCUGCUUUCAUCCUCAUCUAUCAUAUAGUAAUAUACCUUGUUGGUUCUAAACAGUAAUAUAAUUUUUGUACCUUGUAAAUUUGUACCCUUAGUUAAAUUUAAUUUCUAUUCACUUGAUCAAGAUUUAUACAUAUAUUAAAAUUCUUUCAUAUUUUAUUUCACAUUUCAAUUAUACAUAUAGUAAAUUAUAAAAAAAAAAAUAUCCACAGAAAUAAGUCUGUAUGUAGUUAGUUGUAUCGUUUUUGUCAAUCAUUGAUGUUUGUCAUAGAAGAGAAGUAAUUUACAGUGACGUAACAAUUUAUUACUAAUAAACCCUAUCAAAAUUCCUUGUCGAAUAAAUUAUUACAAAAUGGAGGAUUCUGAGGUGUCAGCGAAUUAUCCUCAUAUUUUAUCAUUUAAUGAAAUCAAAGAAGCCGCUGAUCGUAUAGAGGGUGGCAUAAUACAUACUCCACUUUGUGAAGCAAAACUUACAAAACAUAUGGAUUAUGACAUUUAUUUAAAAUGUGAAAAUUUACAAUAUACUGGAAGUUGUGCGGAGCGCGGAGUACGGAAUGCAUUUUUAGCAUCUAAAGAAGAUGAUUAUGCUCGAGGAGUGAUUGUACCGUCCAACGGCAAUAUGGCGCUGGCUGCUGCUUAUCAUGGAAGAACAUUGGGCAUACCAGUUACGGUAGUAUUACCGGAGAAGACACCACCAGCAAAAAGUCAGCGAUGUACGGAACUCGGGGCACACGUAGUGCUCUACGGAGACAAUAUAGACGAUGCAGUUGCUUAUGCUAAAAAGGUGCAACGGGAUAGUAGGCAGGUGCUAAUAAGUUCCGAUGAUCCGCUGGUGAUGGCAGGGCUCGGCACGGUGGGUCUGGAGAUUAUAACCCAGCUGCCGGAGGCUGACGCCGUGAUCGUCCCAGUUGCCAGCGGUGCACUGCUUGCGGCUGUGCUUGUUGCUUGCAAGAAACUCAAGUGCUCUUGUUUGAUUUAUGGAGUAGAAUGUGCAAAAGUAUCAAAAAUGAUGAAAGCUCUGCAAGCGGGACGCCCGGUGAGAGUGCCAAUAGUACCAAAUCUUGCUGAUGGACUCAAUUCAACGACAGUCGGUACCAACACUUUCGCAACUGUUAAAGGGCGACUCGACAGAAUGUUAGUGGUAGACGAAUUGUAUAUUGCUCGUGCAGUAAUUAAUGUGUUGGAAAGAGAGCGUUUUGUAGCUGAUGGAGCCGGAGUGUGUUCUAUUGCUGCUGUUAUGCAAGGACUUGUGCCAGAAUUGAGAGGCAAACGAGCGGUAUGCGUUAUAACUAGCGGAAAUAUAGAUUCUGGUCGUUUAUCUCGUACAAUACAGCGAGGUCUUGGUGCUAGUGGUCGCCUCCUUAGAUUUACUGUUGCUAUUCCCGAUCAACGUAACAGUUUAGAACAUCUGGCAAAAGCUAUUGCGGAAGAGAACGCCGUGCUGAAGAGUUUGGUUACAGAGCAGAUGUGGGUGCAUAGUGAUAUUGGAACUACUUGGGCUAAUGUGGUAGUUGAAGUGGCCAAUGAAGAACAAGCUAUCAACUUCAAGGAUCGCUUAAGAGAUCUUUAUCCAUCAGCUAGAUUUACCAUCACUGACCUUGAAGAGAAGCAUAAAAUAAAUUUAUGAUGAAAAAUUAUUUGUUGUUACUUUGAGUUUUCAUAAUAAAUGAAAUGAAAACA